AUGCACUACACGACGCUUGCUUCCGUCGUCGCUUUCCUGAGCGCCACUGCAUCUCUCGCCGCUUCCUCUCGCCUCGACACCCUCGAGAAGGAGUACUCUCACGCCGAGUUCGAAGCCUCCAAAGCCGCCGCCCUCCUCGCUCGCGCCAAGACUUACGGCAACAGUGCCGAAGCGAAGCACAAGCGGGAGGUCUUUGCGGAGAGGGAGAAGCGCUGGGUCAAGGAGGAGAAGCGGCUGGAGAAGGAGAUUGAGAAGCGCGCUUCGACUAUCUCGCGGAUCGUUGCGGGACACAGGACGACGACGACCGCUGCGCCGACCAAGACGGUCAGUCGGGUUCUCUGGAACGACAGGACGACUACCGCCACGGCCUCCAAGUCGACCACUACUACCGUUCCUGCGUCUACCUCGACCGCCUCGUCGAAGAAGGGCGUCGGCUACAACAUGGCUUCGUACACCUCGAAUCUCAAGAUCUCGUGGGCGUACAAUUGGGGCCAGACGCCCGACGGCACCCUCAACAACGGCGUCGAAUACGUUCCCAUGUUCUGGGGACCGGGCGGAGCGUCGACGUGGAGUGCGAAUGCGCAGAAGGCAAUCUCGAGCGGCUCGACGCACCUUCUCGGCAUGAACGAGCCAGACCUUGGCUCGCAGUCGAACCUGACGAUCCCCCAAGCCGUCGCGACUUGGAAGGCGAACAUGUCCCCCUUCUACGGCAAGGCCAAGCUCGUCUCGCCUGCUGUGACGAACGGCGGAUACCCCAUGGGCGUCGGAUACCUCCAGGACUUCAGGGGCAACUGCACGCAGUGCUGGAACGAGAUCGACGCCGUGGCGCUUCACUGGUAUGACCAAUCUUGGAACACCGACUACCUCAAAAACUACCUCACCGACGCCUACAACACUCUUGGCAAGCCCAUCUGGCUUACCGAGUUCGCCGGCAGUGGAACGGUCGCCGAGCAACAGCAAUUCCUCAAGACGGUCAUCCCCUGGAUGGACGCCCAACCCUGGAUCCAGCGCUACGCCGGCUUCGGCGACUUUGCCGGCAACUACGUCAACUCGGAUGGAUCGCUCACCCAGUUGGGCCAGGCGUACUCCGACACCGUCUGA